AUGAAACUUGCCGAUGUUGUUCAAUAUCCUAGAACAAUACAAACAACAACUGUAACAAAGGUACGACGUGCUGAUAUGAUGUCACCAUCCAAUAUGACAGUCGGUCGUCAGGAUAAUAAUCCAACAUCUCACACAAUAUCAUCAAAUACGCAUCAUCAUCAAUCUCGUACAAAUCUUGAUGAUAUGCUAUUUACAUUGUCUUACGAUCAACAACUUGAACAAAAACAUUUAACACGUUUAGAUUUAGCAAAUAAAGGAUUAAAACGAAUUGAAAAAUUACCUAAUAUUCAUUUUCAAAUAAUCGAUUUUGAUAAUAAUGAAAUAAAUAAAAUAGAAAAUUUAGAAAACUGUCAAAUGCUCAUCCAGCUAUCAUUGUUUCAUAACCGAUUAGUAGAUAUACGUUCAUUGAGUCGUUUACGUUUAUUAGAAAAGCUAAAUUUAGCACAAAAUAGUAUUGAUUCCAUUGAAAGCUUAAAAUCUUUACAAAAUUUAGUUUCACUUAAUAUUUCAUGCAAUAAUAUCAGUAGCUUAAGUGCUUUGAAUUCUUGUCAUUUACUCCAGUAUUUGGAUGCAAGUGAUAAUACAAUACGUGAAAUAGAAGAUUUAUCAGCACUCACAUCAUUAAGGUAUCUAAAUUUGAAUAAAAAUUUUAUUGAUACAUUAGUACAUGUUCCACGAAAUUUACCAAAAAAAAUUCAAACAUUAAUUAUAUCCGAUAAUGAAAUUCAAGAUUUAACUGAAAUUUGUUAUCUUUCCACAUUAAUUGAAUUACAGACAUUAUGGAUUAUGCAAAAUCCAUGUGUCGAAAUUGAAUCCCGACAAGGAUAUAGACAACGAUUUGAUUAUCGUCCAUAUAUUUUUAACUAUUUACCACUUCGAAAUCUUGAUGGAUAUACAAUAUCACGUAAAGAAAGUUUGAAAGCCGAAUGGUUAUUAACUCAAGGUAAAGGACGUACCUUUCGUCCUGGUGAACAUCUUGAAUUAGUUGAAUAUUUAUCAAAAGUAUGCUCAAUUGAAUCGACUGAAAAAGAUGAACAACAUUUAUCGCGUAUUAUGCAUUUACAAGAUAUGUAUACACAACAAAAACGAAAUAGUGAAUCAAUAUCGAAUAUUGAUGAUGAAAAAAACUUUGGUUCAGAUACAAUGACAGCAGCUGAUACACUUCCAAAAGAUUCUCAAUUAAAACAAACACCGAUUACUCAACAAAGUUUAUUAUUAUCCGAAUCUGAAUAUAUUAAAAUAAGUCCAAGUCCAUCAUCAUCCGUAUCAAGUACAAAUGAUAUGCAUACACUUGUUGGUGGAACUCGUCAAUUGCGUACACCUAGUCCACUUGUUAUGUCACGUAGUAUAAAUAAUCCGUUGAAUGCAAGCAUAGAAGACAGUACAAGUCGAACAAAUAAUCGCUAUGUUGAAUACGAUGCUCGACCAGUAAAACCGUUAGAUCAAAAUUUAUUUCAAACAAAAUUAAAUGAAUAUGCAGUUGUUAAUACCAAUGAUGAAACUCGUUUACGGCAAGAGCCAAUGCGUAAUCGUUCAAAAUCAACAGCAACUACAAAUUCAUCGCAACUCUCAAAUCAACCUCAUUUAGCAUAUAAUGCGAAUCGUUAUUCACCCAAAACAGCCAGUCAUGGUCCAACAACGUCAUCUGCAUUACAACAUACAACAACGGCAACAACUCUACGAUUAAAACAGAAAAAUACAACCGAUAAAUAUCGAAAUAAAAACAAACGUCAUACGAUUGCAGCGGCGACAGUAAUUAUUGACAACGACGAUAAUAAACACGUACGUUGUCGUACAAGUCCAAAAAUAAUUCAAGAAAAUAAAAAAUUAAUCACUUCACAACAUCCUCAUCAUAAUGGUAUGCAAAAAAAAAUUAAAGAUAAACCACUUUCCAAUCGUUCCAUUCGAUCAAAACCGCGAGUAAAUGGAACCGGUCUUAAACCACUUGUCGCUGAACAUACAGAUGACGAAGACGAAGAAUUUCAUCCAAAAACUGAACCGAUCAUCAAUACAUUGCGUACGAGUCAUGCUUCUCCAACAUUAUUAACUACUAAAACUCGGUUACAAUCGAAUGAUGCUCAAAUGACGACUACAACCACUGUUGAAACAAAUGAUUUCAAAAUGUUGACAACAUCCGUUGAAACAAUGCGAACAGCCAUGCUUCAAGCCUAUCUUAAUCUACAUGAACGAUUUACAAAGACAACUGAAUUACAGACAUCAGCAAUGGCUGCACUUUGGAAAAUGGUAGAAAACAAUAAUCGAAUGAAACAGAGUCAAACAGAUAAAGUAUUGGAAGAAAAUCGACUAUUAAAUCAACGUGUGCUCGAUCUUGAAGCUAAAUUAAAUAAAACAAAUACAAAUGGGAAUAAUUCUGUCGAUGAACAAGGUCAUCCAAGCAGUCCACGAUCAACGAGUGCCAGACUUUCAUUCGAUACAAUUUCAGCACAUCAAUCAACACCAGUAAAAAAUCAAAAUGCAGUAUUAUCAAAUAAAACAGAUAGUUCACUUCUUCCUCCGUUGCGUGCUCAUAUAUCAAAACGAGAUGCCAAAAGUUUUUUUCUACAUUGGGUACCAAAUCCAAAUAAUCGCCAAAUUCUUGGUUACAAAAUAUAUAUUGAUGAUACUUUGAAAGGUGUUGUUGAACCGACCAAAUUUGAAGUUAUUAUCAAUGAUAUUCGGGAUGAAGGAGAAUAUAGAAUUAAAAUUCGUGCCUAUGAUGAACAUUUCGAAUCAUCUGAUUCAAAUAUUGUUAUUGCACGUUUUCGUCGACAACAAAAAAAUACAAGUAGUACAAUAGCAUCAACUCAGGCUUCUACACCUUUACAGCGUACUCAGUCAGAUCAUCAAAUUAAAGACAAAAUAUCGUCAGCCGUUAAAACAGAAGAUAAUACUGUAGAUCGUUAUCAUCCAUUACGUCAAACUCAAUCAUACGGAAAUCUAUUUCCAUCUUCUAGUCAAACACCUAUCAUUAUGGAUCAACAAAAAAAAAAUACUACAGAGGGUGAAUUAUCAAUGUGUUCUGGAGGCUUUCCUACACAUCAACAACAACAAUUUCGAUCUUAUUCGUUUGAUAAUGGAAUACCACAGGAAGAAGAACAAUCAAUAAAAAAAUCAUUUUCACCCGAUAAUGUCAUAGAUCAGUCACCUGUCAACUAUACUUUUGGAACGCCAGAACGAAAGUGUUCAAAUGAAGAUUUACAUUCAUCAGCAAUGUCUAGUCCUUCACAAUCAAAUCGAAAUAAUGACAAUAAUAAUAAUAUCAUCCUUCGUAAACCACCUAGAUCUCCUAAUCGUGAUAAAGACAGUGGUUCGACUUCAACACACACGGGUACAUGUAGUAAAGUAUUAUUUUCAAGUGAAUCAACUUCGACGUCAAAACAUAGUCCAAAUCGUUCAUCGGGUAUCAUGUCUCGUCUUGCUAAAAGUCCGCUAAAGGUUAAACGGAGUCAAAUACAACAACAACAACAACCACACAGUCGAAAUGCAUUGUUAAAUGCACUAAUUGCUGAUCAGCAACAAACAACGACAACAUCUGAAUUACAUAGGCCAUCAUCAUCAAAUUUUGUUGUCGAAUACAGUCGAAGUUAUCAUAAACCACAAUCAAUUUCACCAGAGGAAUUAAAAAAUAAAUCAAAAACUAAAAUACUGAAUCGUAUCACGAAUUUUAUACCUAUUACAAAUCCAUUAAACUUAUCUUGUAAUGUUAUUUAUCGUCAAUUAGAAUGUAGUCAUCUUUUAGCUCAAUAUUAUCCCAUGUCAUCGGACACAACCAUGAAAUUUUCAAUGUCUUCACCACUACCAAUUCCUCCUCGACAAUCUACUCGUCAUAAAUCGAGUCGAACUUAUAAUACAGCAGAAGAAGAAAUGACAGAAAUGUAA